UCGCUCCUCCCCCAACGCGACUAUGCUCGUUGAGGACGGAGACCGGUAAUAUUCGCCGCGGAGUGUUCGAGAAUCGGAGGCUUGGACUUCGAGUGCCUCCUCGGUGGCCUCGCGUAAAGCACGGCGGCGCGAAGACGGCUGCGGAAUUCAGGUGCUUUCCCUGCUUUCAACGCCGGCUGGUUUCGUCUGACCCGGGAACAUUGCUUGGUAAGCGCACCCAGCUCCAACACACCUCGCCGCCCAAGAUUGACCUGCUUGCCACCACAUCUAGCGCGCUUACCUUGGCCACACGCCCAAUGGAACGAACCAUUUCAUCGCGUUGGCGUUGCUUUGGAGUGACGUCAGGUGUGUGAAGCUGCCCAACUGCUUUCUUCGCGAGGUACUUGCACGGGACAAUUGACAAAGCCUGUAUGGUCCAAGGAACUGAAGUUGCAGACUUCCUCCGAAGGAAUAGUUUUUCUUCCUUUCACCGGACUACAAUUCGGUGCCAUUCGUCAGGAAUUGAGGGUCAACUGACUACUCUGCUCGCUUCUUUCCCCAAGCUCAGGGUUCCUCCACAACUGUCCAGUGUUCAUCGCAAGCUCCUUGCAGGUUUACGAUGGAUCUAGGAAACUCCUUGCAGGUUCACGGUGGAUCUAGGUGAAGGUGCCGUUAGUCGAGUGUGUGGCUCUACGGAUCCUGAUCAGUCUAGCGCAGCUUUCCCUCUGACCAUUUCGAGGGGACUCCUUUCUCUGGUUUAGCUCCAUUCAAUAGAGAUGCUGUAAUUUCUAUAAUAAAGUGGUCCGAGUGAAUCAUCCUGUGCCCUUGCACAAGCCUCAGUCACUCCAUAAAUGGCUCGGACCACUGAAGAUGAUAUAGAAGAUGUGCCGUGCUCAGAUCCAGGUUCACCGUUUCUGGCUGAAUAUCAUAUCGCAGUUCCUGCUCUUCAUGAUGGACCAACGCAAGGUGCAGCUCGUCAUGAGCGACGGCUUCUUGAUUUCCUGGAAGCCACUCCCUCGGUGCAGUGGCUAAAGAAGAUCAACCUUUGCUCCCCGUUGAUAAAACUCCGGCUUCCAUCCACUGGCGCCCAUGGCAGCCUUCAUGCUCAGUUCAUCAGAACGAUCCACUGGAGUUCAGUUUUCACUGUAUGCAAGAAAUGGCUCAAGCAUCCUAUGAACAUAGCUCUCCUAAUAUGGCUGCUCUGUGUUGGUGCCUCUGGUGGCAUGCUAGUCUUACUAAUGUUGGGACUGCUGAACGACGCAUUCCCUUCCAAGCCCUUAAGGAACCAGUGGAUAGAGAUCGACAAUCAAAUACUUAACGCCCUCUUCACCCUCAUGAGCUUAUACGAGCACCCAAAUUUCAUCCACCACACUGUUCUCCUCUGCCGGUGGCUGCCAGAGGACGCUGCUAAGCUCAGGAAAGUUUACUGCAAGAAUGAGAUGCCCCGUCGAAAUGAGCGAGCACACAUAUCCUUUGUGGUUGCCCUCCUCCACAUCACUUGCUUAUGCCAGUAUGCUGAUUGUGGGCUGUACUGGGGCUACCCCAGCACAUCACGCUCUGAUUUUGCCGACAACUUCUUCUUCAUCCUAGGCAUAGCUGCACCAGUCUUUGCUGGGCUAUACGCAGUGUACAGUCCUCUUGGCAGAGGCAACGAUGCUCUGUCUGAUGAAGAAACCAAUGAAUCAGGCACGGUUCGGGUCGUCGAGUCGCCUGAAACAGGAACUGUGGUGAGCAAUCCCGCAUGGGCUGGCGGGCUGUUUGACUGCAGCGAGGACCCCACUGCAUGCUACCUCUCUUUCCUCUGCACGUUCUGCGUGUUUGGGUGGAACAUGGAGCGGCUUGGAUUCGGCAACAUGUAUGUGCACACGGUCAUCUUCCUGCUUCUGUGUGUUGCGCCGUUCUGGGUGUUCAAUGUCACGGCAAUGAACAUCCACAACUACGUCCUCGGUGAUUUCAUCGGCGCUGCAGGGAUCGUGCUGUGUUUCUUUGGUCUGCUGUACGGUGGUUUCUGGAGGAUCCAGAUGAGGAAGACAUUUGGGCUGCCCAGAAGCAGGUGGUGCUUCGGAUCGGCGUCACUAACAGACUACACGCAGUGGCUAUUCUGCUGGCCUUGCGUGCUUGCACAGGAGGUGCGCACGGGGAAUCUAUACGACGCGAAGAACGGCAGCUUCUAUGAGAAAGUUAUGGACGGCGAUGGUGUGGAGACUGAUGCGGGAUCAGUGGAUACGGCCGAAUUGCCGGUCUCUUGUGGAGUAGAAGAGGCGAACGGUAUCGAUGUCAAACUCACGGUGGAUGGUGAAAUGAUCCCACCCACCCAACCAGUAAUAGAAUGUGGGGAGAGGGAAGGGAUCGAUUCAGAAGUCGUGGCAAAUGAAGGACCCGCAACUGAAGGAUGGUUUGAGUUAUGGUAUUUAGCUGUUCAGUUGCUUAGUGAUUUAGCUUGUUUUAUAUUAAAAGGACGAUGGAACGAAUAGGCGAUAAUGCCAGAGAUAUCUAAACUGAUGUUUUAGAGGUGCAGGCUAACAGGAAAAAAAUUUCAUACACUUUAUUACACCGAUUGAUUUCAACAGCAGGCUUGAGCCUCUUAUAGAGCAAUUGUGCAAGUCGGCUAAUGUAAUCAGUAACUUUAUAUUAUUGGUUGGUGACAGUUGAAAAGGAUAUUCUUAUCUUCUCUAGUCCUGUAGUGGCCUUUGGCUGUUUUCCAGUGCUCCUUUUAGAGUGUGAAGUGC